AUGGCGCAGGAUCAGGGCCAUCCAUCACUGACCACGCCUCCACCGCGUAAACGCCGCCGGCCACCCAAGUCCUGUGAUCCGUGUCGUCGUCGCAAAAUCCGUUGUGAUCGGGAAUUUCCUUGUGGCCCAUGUGAGCGUGCGAGAACUUCGCCGCAGUGUUUCUAUCGCCCCGUGGUCGCUGCCGGUAGUCCCUCCGGUGGUGAAUUCUCCCAGUCCACGGCUCCUGGCGUGCUGGAGGGACAUACGCCUCCUUCCCAAGUCGUUGACCCGCAGGCACAGAGCCGUCCACCUGCACCCACGUCGCAAUCGCAGUCUCAGGACCAAUGCCAGUAUCAGAACAAGAUAAUCCAGGAUCUGCAACGCCGUCUUCAAUGUUUGGAAGAACAGCUUCCCGUCCCUCCGCUCUCUCAAGCCACUAUCUGUCCCAAUCCCAGUGUCUCUCAGACUCAAGCCCUGUAUCACUUUCACGACCGCGUCCUCGGGACUGAAGAACAGUUGUCUAAUGUAUCUCGUCUCAGUCCUUUGGUCAAUGGAUGGGCCAUUCCGGCCACCCUACCUCGUCUGCGUGUCACAAGCAAUAAGACGAAGCUGUUUGGCCCCAGUCACUGGCUGCAUACCGCUGAGAAAUUUCAAUUCCUUGGCAAAUUCGAUGCCAAAGAAGUAGAGCCGUCGCUACGGGAUGUGGAUGCUAGAUCGGAGUUUGGCAGCAUGUUCAAGGACUGUCGGAAUCUCAGACAUGCCAUCAAAGCCCAAGAGUCUGUUCAAAUCAACCAUCCGGUUCCGGACUUGCUGGGCACGCUCCCGACCCAAGUAGUAUGCGAUGUUCUGGUCGAUGCCUAUCUCCGCACUUUCGAGCUCAUUUACCGGGUUAUUCAUAUCCCAUCCUUCUGGAAAGAGUAUCAUCAGUUGUGGGCCCAGCCGCAGUCAACCUCGACCGAUUUCCUGAUGAAGCUGGUCUUGAUCCUUGCCCUGGGUACCACAUUCUACCCAGAUCGAAGCAAUAAAGUGCAUCUCCGCCGCCUCGCACAAACAUGGAUAUAUGCCGCACAAUGGUGGCUAAUCGGACCAUUGGAAAAGUCGAACGUCAAUCUAGAUGGCCUGCAAGUUGGUUGUCUCUUAUUGCUGGCCCGCCAGACGAACAACCUUCCGGGCACGAGCUGGUUCUCUGCGGGGUCCGUGUUGCGUAUGGCUAUGGUGAUGGGACUGCACCGCACUCCCAACCUCUUUCCCGCACUGUCGGUGUACCAGUCCCAAAUGCGAGACCGACUGUGGGCGACGGUGCUGGAACUGACGUUACUGUCGUCGCUGGACGCCGCGAUCCCUUUACCGUUCUCCCUACAGGACAUUGACCGCACAGGGCUGUCGAAUCUGGAUGACGAGCAGUUCGACCCCGAGACUGAGACGCUUUCCACCCCGCAGUCGAGUCGGCACUUUACCGACUCGUCCAUUCAGAUCCUCCUGCUCAAGUCUCUUCCCGUGCGAGUAGAAGCGAUCCGGCUUGUGAACAACCAGCACCGUCAGGAACUGUCUUACGAAACCGCAUUGAGACUGGGAAAUGAAUUGCGCUCGGCGUGCCGCGAUAUUGCCGCCUUGUUCUACACCAGUCAGAAUCAGUCGAGACAAGCGGAUCGCACUCCGGGCAUGACCAACUUCCAUCUCCGGUUUCUCGACACGUACCUACGUCGAUACAUAUUAUUCCUGCAUCGCCCGUUCAUGAUCCAGGCUCGCAAAGAUCCACGAUUUUACCUGUCCCGUAAGGUGUGUCUGGAGUCCUGCAUCGUGGUUGCAUCGUAUGCCGAUCAUCUCAAUCUACCGGCAGACACCUUGGAUGAUCUCUCUCACCUGACCAUUGUAGGUAGAGGCUCAUUCAAAGGAGCCUUAAGCUUCGAUGUGAUCACCUCCCUAGGGCUGGAAAUUGUCACACAACUCGAGGAGGAGGCUUCUACACGGCCCUUGGGAUCUUCUCCGCCAUUUAUCGCCGAUCCCCUAGAUGAAAUGGCCAAGACCUAUCGAUUGCCCUUAAUCCGGAGCCUGGAACACAUUCAAGAGCAGCUACUGCAGAUUAUCGCUCUUGGAAAUCCCAGUCUGAAGCGAUACAACUUCCUGUCUGCGAUUUUGAGCCAGAUCCGUGCAAUGGAGUCGGGCCAGCCAAUUCAACCCGCCAUUUACGAGACCGUCAAAGAAAGCCUAAAGAAAUGUCAUUUCUUGCUGCAGGUCUCUCAUGCGGCCAGUUCGCCGCAGGAAUCGGUUGAGUCGCUGACUAUGGGGACAGACAGUGCUGCAGAUUUUGAUGUGGAUGCUUUAGUAAGUACUUCUUUCCUUUUGUUGCUUCCGUAG